UUUCUGAGUCCUUUUUCGUGUAGUAGGUCCGUAAAGCAUUGUAGAGAUUGUCAAAUACUCGAUCAACCGAUUGACUGAUAAACAAUUUGGUGACUUUUCUUGUACUUAGUUUACUGGCGAUUUUCUUUUGAGCUCUCAUCGAUAAACUGGCUGCGGAAAAGCCACUGUCUUGCUCAACAUUCUGCUCGACGACCAGAUUAG